AUAAUUAAUUUGACAUCUGUCAUGACUGACAGGUUUCCCGCAUAUAUUUAAAAAUAAAACAUCUUGAAUUAUUAUACUUUAUUUUUACAUGAAAAAUUACAAAUCAUAACCUAAGAAAAUAAUUCAAAUGGAAACGUCAAAUGAACGUUUAUCACUAACACCAAAUGAAAAUUUCUACAAAGAUGGGGCCGAAUACUGGUCGAAAAUCCCUCCGACAGUCGACGGAAUGCUCGGGGGCUUCUCAGAGAUCUCUACAACGGAUAUUCAUAGUUCCAAAACCCUAUUAAAACAACUUUUUACCUCCACAAAACAACCACUUGGCAGAGGUUAUGCAUUGGAUUGUGGGGCAGGUAUUGGCCGCAUAACCAAAUUCCUAUUAAGUGACCUCUUUGAUAGGGUGGACAUGGUAGAACAAAACCCCCAGUUUCUAGAAAGUGCCAAAAAGUAUUUGGGAAAAACUAUUUUGGAGAAAAAAAUUGGGCAAAUGUUUCCUGUUGGAUUGCAGGACUUCCGGCCAGAACCUGGGAAGUAUGAUGUGAUUUGGUGCCAAUGGGUUUUGGGCCAUUUGACGGAUGAGGAUUUUGUUGCUUUCUUUGAAAGAUGCAAGCUAGGUAUCAAACCAAAGGGAGUUAUAAUAGUCAAAGAAAACAUCUCAUCCGGACAAGUGGAAGUUGAUACGACAGACUCUUCCGUCACUCGUCCAAUGGGACUCUUAAGAGAAUUAUUUGAUAAGGCCGGGCUCGAUUGUUGCAGGAUGGUAAAACAACUUGGAUUCCCUAAAGGUUUAUUUACGGUUUACAUGUUUGUCUUGAGGCCUAGACAUGAAGAAAACGUCGGGUCAGGAGAGUGAUUCCGGAAGAAAAUAAUUAAUCUUUUUAAGCAAUAUAUUGAUAACGGGGGAAGCGUUACUCUGUUUUAGGAAAUCACAACUUCUUUAUAGUCUUCUUGUGUUACUUACUGACCCAUAUUGUGUGAUAUAUUAGAUUAACCUUUUCUAUCUAUUAUUAUAUAUAUACAUUUUAGAAAUGGUUAUUAGCAAUCGGGAAUAAAUGAAGCUUUUUUU